GCUUUGAAAAGGUAAAUUGUAAUAAUAAUAUAAAAAAAUUAAAAUGGAACUCAUGCUAGUGUUAACUUCAAUUUUUUUUUAACAAAUACAGAAUUUAUUCUUAAUAAUGAAUUAACAUCAUCAGUCAGUCCACCGCGAUCCAUCGAAGUUGACAGUUCAAUUUGAAUAGUUUUGCGAUUUUAAGGAAAAUUCAAAAAAUAUAUUUCAAAAGCAAAUUAAAAUUAAAGGACUUUUUCUAAAAUUUCGUUUAAGUGAAGUGAGCAUCGGUUUAAUAUUCAGUUCAAAAGUUUUUGUGACUAGAAAUGAAGUAGCAAAAUGUGGAAAAUUAUACAACAUCCUCGAACAAUUAUACAGCUAUUGGCUGUAUACAGCUUCUCAAAAACUAUAUUAGCACAAACUACAUGUAAUAAUGGACAAGGAAGAAUAUUUUAUGAGAGGUUACCAAAUCAGCAACUUCAAGGCUUUGACGAUGAGGUUGUUAGAGAUAGUGCACCAGCAUUUAGAACAUUAGAAAAAUGUCAAGAUUUAUGUUUACGAGAUAGAACAGUAUCAAAUAAUUUAGUAAGAGCUUGUUCUAGUUUUGAUUUUCAACCUGGUUCGAGAAUCGCUGCGUAUGGAGGGAAUAUUGAAUAUGAAGAAUCAACAUGCUAUUUGACACGUGAACAGGCAACUCCUGAAGGAAUCGGGAAUUUAAUGCUUGUUCCAAAUUCAAUUCAUUUUAAUGAAAUUUGUCUAACAUCAAAUCGCCCUGAACGAGAAUGCCCUAGUAGAAGAUAUGUUUUUGAAAGAUACCCAAGAAAAAAAUUGAAGCUGCCUGUAUCAGAUAUAAAAGAAGUUACAGCCGCAAACCGUACUGAUUGUGAAGAUAAAUGCUUGAAUGAAUUCUCUUUUGUAUGUCGAUCUGCUAAUUAUGACUCAACAUUAAGAAGUUGCUCACUAAGCAGAUUUACACGAAGAACACACCCUGAGUUACUUGAGGAUGAUCCUAAUUCAGACUAUUUGGAAAACACAUGCCUUAACUCUGAUAGACGAUGCGACGGAUUAAUUGUAUUCGUUAAAGAAGCAAACAAAAAACUUGGAGGGCCAUUCGAAGUAGAUAUUUUUAAUAAUAUGACCUUAGAAGAAUGCCAGAAUAUGUGUUUACGUGCAGAAAAAUACAUCUGUCGUUCAAUUGAAUUUGACGAAGAAACCAGACAAUGCAUAUUGUUAGAAGAAGAUUCAGUCUCACAAAAAGAUGAUAUAACCAUAAGUUCCGAUUAUCAUCAUUUUUUCGAUCUUGUUUGUCUUGAUAAUCAACGUGGAACUGAAUAUCCUGACAAUUCUGUAACCUCACAUUUAUUUGAUGGAAUGAGUGGUCGUCGACCCGACACUGCAUUUCAACGAUACCGCAAUAGCCGAUUAAGUGGUGAAUUUCACUCUGAAAUAACUGGAAGAUCUUUGAGUGAAUGCUUGGACGAAUGUUUACGUCAAACAAGUUUUCAAUGCCGAUCAGCUGUUUACAGUGACCGUUUUAGAACCUGUAGACUUAGCAGAUAUAACCAAAAAGAUUCCAAGCGAAUCAUUUACGAUGCAGAUUAUGAUUAUUACGAAAAUCUAAUGUUGGGAACUGAUAAAGACAUGAGUAGUACACGACCCGACAUGGAUUGGCCAACAACUCAUCCAGACGACAGGUAUCCUCAAAACAUGCCAGGUCGUUAUCCAUCAAUGUAUCCAGGAGAUAGAUUACCAACAUCUCCAGCAUAUGGCCCAUAUGAUCGAUACCCUACUGAUCAAUAUGACAAAGAACGUUAUCCAAUGAUGCCUGAUUAUGAUAAAGAUCGAUAUCCAAUGAUGCCUGGUUAUGAUAAAGAUCGUUAUCCAAUGAUGCCUGGUUAUGAUAAAGAUCGUUAUCCAAUGAUGCCUGGUUAUGAUAAAGAUCGUUAUCCAAUGGUUUCUGGUUAUGAUAAAGAUCGUUAUCCUAUGAUGCCUGGAUAUGAUAAAGAUCGUUAUCCGAUGCCUCCAACUGAUAGAGAUCGUUAUCCGAUUAUGCCAAGUUAUGAUAAAGAUCGUUUUCCGAUGCCUCCAACUGAUAGAGAUCGUUAUCCGAUGCCUGGAUAUGAUAGAGAUCGUUUUCCAAUGCCUCCGACUAAUAGAGAUCGUUAUCCCAUGCCUUCAAGUGAUAGAGAUCGUUACCCCAUGCCUCCAACUGAUAGAGAUCGUUACCCCAUGCCUCCAACUGAUAGAGAUCGCUAUCCAAUGCCAGGCUAUGAUAAAGAUCGCUACCCUAUGUCUGGAUAUGAUAGAGAUCGUUACCCCAUGCCUCCAAUUGAUAGAGAUCGCUAUCCAAUGCCGGGUCCAGGAUUCGAAAAACCUUUACGUCCCACAACGGGUGAUCCACUUGAUUCAAAUCCAAAAUAUCCUCCAACAAGCAAUAGUUAUCCAGAUAAUAAUAAUAAUGUACCAAAGGAUAGAUACAUUCCUGAUGAUAGAAAUCCAAGCAUAGGGAUGUAUCCUGAUAUGAGACUGCCACCUAACAGGGGCCAAACACCUUAUAACAUUGAUCCAAUGUAUAGUGUCAGGUAUCCAGAAUAUCCUAUGAUGCCGCCGCCUUAUAACCGUAUGCCUCCAGUAUCUGAAAAUCGAUUUCCAGUUGGUAAUGAUAGGUUUCCUUUAAAUAUAUAUAAAUAUGGGAACAGAGAUCGUAUUCCAAUGUUUAUGCCUCCGAUGAAUCAUCCCUCAAUGUAUGAGCCAGACAACCGAGGAUAUAAUUCCGUUCGACAACCUCGCCCUCCUUAUAUUAUGGUUGGUUUUGGAGGACAUGAUUUAGAUUAUGCACCUGGCUCUGAUAUGUAUGGAUCACCUUAUGGACAAAGUCGUCCUGUGGCCGGAACUCGUUGUGAUGAUGUUGACAGCUAUAAACAAAUGGGUUUGAGGCAGAAAAUGAGAAAUCAGUUUGUGAAGAAAAAAUUAAAAGCACGUGAUUUAAUACACUGCCAAAGAGAAUGUUCUGGCGCUAAAGAUUUUGUAUGUAGAAGCUUCAAUUACAGAGAUGAUGGCGAAAGAUCUCUACAACAAGCUGUUGAAUCUUUUAACUGUGAACUUAGUGAUAGAGAUACUCGAGAAUUGGACCUUAACAAUCCUCAAAUGUUUGAAAAUGCAAAUUACGACUUUUAUGAAAGAUCUAUUGGAGGAAGAAGUAUGGAUGGCGAGUGCCUGGAUGUUUCACAAGUUUGUAAUGAGGAUGGAAUGGAGUUUACUUUAAGAACUGGUGAACCAUUUGCUGGACGAAUAUAUACUUACGGCUUUUACGAUAGAUGCUUUUUCCGAGGAAAUGGUGGAACUGUAAAUGUUCUUCGUAUAAGUGGUGUUCAAGGAUAUCCAGAAUGUGGAACACAAAGGUAUGGAGAUACCAUGACAAAUAUAAUUGUAGUGCAAUUUAGCGAACAUCUCCAAACAAGCAGAGAUAAACGAUUUAACUUGACCUGCCUUUUCCGUGGUCCCGGAGAAUCUGUUGUUACUUCAGGAUAUAUCGGAGCGGGCUCGGGAAGUCCAGUCCCAAUAGAAUAUUUACCAGCUGAAAAUAGCAUGAGUUCAAAAGUACGUCUAAUGAUACUUUAUCAAGGUAGACCAACAACAACAAUAGCUGUUGGAGAUCCAUUAACAUUUAGAUUAGAAUCACAAGAUGGAUAUAAUCACAUUAAUGACAUUUUUGCCACAAACGUUGUUGCUCGUGAUCCAUACUCUGGAAGAAGUGUUCAGCUAAUAGAUCGCUAUGGAUGUCCGGUAGAUACGUUUGUUUUUCCUGAACUUGGAAGAUCAAGAGAUGGAGAUUCAUUAGAAGCUCGCUUCAAUGCGUUUAAAAUACCAGAAUCAAACUUUUUAGUUUUUGAAGCAACUGUACGCACAUGUCGAGACGGUUGCCAACCAGCAUAUUGCAACAAUCUUAGUGGACGUUCAGAACCUUCAUUUGGUAGGAAAAAAAGAUCAUUGAAUGAAACUGAAAAUGCUAUUAUUCAAAAUUCACACGAGGAAGUUGUUACGAAAAUUAUAGAAAAGGAAAAUGGCACAAAAAAUGCAAAUGAAGGAGAAAAAGAAAAUGAAAAUAAAGAAGAUAUUCCAGAGCAAGUGAGAGAAAUGAUAGAAGUAUUCGAAUCAAGAGAAGAAAUGCAACAAGAAUCUAUCGCCAAGAAAAUGAUAUCAUUAGAUACAGAGAGUGUAUGCUUAUCUGUUACUGAAUAUUACGGAUUAAUAAUUUCUACUAUGUUACUGCUUGCAUUAUUAUUAACAGUGGCAACUAUAAUUGGACUAUUGUAUAAAAAAUAUUGGAAGAUCAUUUUGAAAAACACUUCUCUGGAUUAUCAUUCAAGUCCAAAUUCCUUUACAAAUUACAAUCGCGAAAGAAAUGCACAAAAAAGUGGGACACAAGACUAUAAAAACAAAAACGAUGAUUUUAAUGAAGCAUACCGUUCAAGUUCAACUGUAUCAAUAUUCGGUUCAAAUCUUCAGAAAACAUUUGCAACUGGAAAUUUAUCUAGAAUUUGUCAAAUACCUGUGAUAAACCCAAUUAACAAAUCAAAUGGAUCAACUCGAAAUUUUGACGAUGACAGUGAACCUAUAUAUACAGAUCCCUCUUUGUUUGAAAGAUCUCGCAUUUAAUAAGUUUAUCUAUUAUCUAAUAUCAACCAAUAUCAACAACUAUUCCGCCUUUACAUUUUCACUCCCUUUAACAAAUAAUUGGUUUGUAAAAAGCUUUUCUUAUAAUUUAAUAUUGUAAUAAUAAAGGAAAAAAUAAAGAUAAAAUAUAUAUAUAUAUAUA